AUGGGAUUCAAAGCCUUGACACGGCCUUUCGUGGCCAUCACUCUCAUCCUCAGCUGUGUGCUCCUUUGGAAUAUAUUCACCUUUCAAUGGCCAGCCUGGCGCCCGUCUUCGAACUUCUACGACAAAGUUACGAAUGGCGUUGGAAGUCUCUACACGGGAACUUCUGUGGGGAGUGUUGGUUACAACAAAGAGGCCACUUCAGCUAAGAGUCCUACUCAUUCGUCGGAAUUUGGCUCAGCCUCGAAGAAGAAGAUUGUCAUGGUGACAGGAAGCACAGGCAAUAAUCGAAUGCUGGGCAUGCCACAUAUCAAAGAAAUGGUAUACGAGAAUCGCAUGACCUAUGCCGAGAAACACGGACUGGAGUUCAUGUGGGCAAACAUGACCAGCUACAACCUACCCAGUGGCGCCCCAAUCUACUGGAACAAAAUUCCCAUCUUGCAAGACGCCUUCGCUCGCUUCCCCGAUGCUGAAUGGGUCUGGUGGAUGGACAUCGAUAUCAUUAUCAUGAAUAUGUCGCUCAGCAUUCAUGAUCAUGUCUUAUCACCAGAAGGAAUAGCUCGCAACAUUCUCCUUGAUCACCCAAUGACUGGAGCCGGUGGUGGCGAGACUGGCUACCGCAGCCCGGCAACAUAUCAGCCUGACGAUAUCAACUUUGUCAUUUCAAUGGACUACUGGGGUAUGAAUGUGGGUAAUUUCCUCAUGCGAAGAGGCGAAUGGAGCGAAUGGCUGCUAGACCUGUGGAUCGAACCACUCUACAUAUCCCAGAAUUGGGUGUUCCCCGAAAAUGACGGCUGGACACACAUGUGGCAGUACCAUGAGAUCGUUCGGAAUCAUACAGCCUGCAUGUCCCAGCACUCGAUGAAUUCAUACCCGGAUUACAAUGCGCUUGGGCAACACUGGCAACCUGGAGAUCACAUCGUUCAUUUUGCUGGCUGUGGUGGUGAUCCGAUAUGUGAAAGUUCUUGGGCCAAGUACUGGAAGAUGCGAGAAGAGGUCGGUGUCCCGCAGUCUGUGAAGAUGAAGUUGGACGAUGGCACUGCCGAGAUUGAGGCUUUUCAGGGUGGUGAAAGAUCAUGA